AUGGCUUAUAGGGCCAAAACAUAUGCAUCAGACGAAGUGGCUGGUUCGUUCACUGAGCAAUAUAGAAGAAUAUUUGAUUAUGCAAAUGAGUUAUUAGCAAGAAACCCUGGGUCUACAAUCAAAGUAAAAGUUGAGCCUUAUGAUGGGAAUGAUGGGAAAGUAAUGUUCCAGAGGUUUUACGCAUGCCUUCAAGCAUGCAAAAAUAGCUUUCUUUCAUGCAGGCCAAUCAUUGGUCUUGAUGGAGCCUUCUUGAAAGGCAAACAUCAUGGUGAGCUAUUAACUGUUGUGGCACGAGAUACAAAUGACCAAAUGUUGCCAUUGGCGUAUGCAAUUGUUGAAGUUGAAAACAAGGACACGUGGACAUGGUUUCUAGAGCUAUUGAUUGCAGACUUAGGUGGUCCAGAUGUGUGCUCUGGACUAACUAUCAUGUCAGAUCAACAAAAGGGUUUAAGAUAUGUUGUAGAAGAUGUUAUUCCUGGAGUUGCACAAAGAUUUUGUGUAAGGCAUUUAUAUGCCAACUUCAGGAAAAAAUUCCCUGGAAAAAACUUGAAAAGGCUCAUGUGGAGGGCAGCUACAUCAACCCAUCCAAAACAGUGGGAGACUGAGAUGAGACAUAUGAAAGAGGUUAAUGAAGAUGCUUUUAAACAUCUGAUGUCCAUUCCUCCAAGCUGGUCUGCACACAAACUUUUUGAGAUCAGACAUGUGUCCCAAAGUGGGGACAACUUUGUGGUGGAUAUAGAUCAAUAUACAUGUUCCUGCAGGAAGUGGAGCAUCAGUGGAAUUCCAUGUGUGCAUGCAUUGACAACAAUGAAGUUUCUGAACCUAACUACGGAGGACUAUCUACCUGUAUGGUUUAAAAAGUCAACCUAUGAAGAGAUGUAUACCUCCAUUAUAUACCCUAUUAAUGGAAAACAUCUAUGGGAGGUCACUCAAUGUCCAGAUGUCUUUCCUCCACCAAAAAGACAGAUGCCUGGUCGUCCUAAAAAGAAAAGGAGAUUAGAGCAAUGGGAGUUGAAGAAAAGUUCUACCAAAAUGUCUAAAGGGGGAUUACUCAAGAGAUGCACCAUCUGUAGGGAAGUGGGACACAACAAAAGAAAUUUCCGAAAACAAAGCCAAGGGCAGCAAGAAGGAGAACCCAACACAUUGCCUCAAGGUCAACCAGAUGAAGCAGAUACACAAACAACUUGA